AUGAGUGAUUCGGAAUAUGAUAGAGAUGUGGUUAUGAGAGAGCCUCAACCUUAUCCACAAUAUCAGAGGCCUCCGCCUCCAAGAAAAAUAGACUAUGUUGGCCUUGACUUGCCUGAUGUUGCAGAUCCAAAGUACGAGUCAAAGCCAGAACAAGAUCUCGAUGUGCGUUACGAAGUGAAAGACGACAGCGAGUUUCAUGAGACAAGGGCAUUGUUUAUUGGUAACUUACGUCGUCCCAUCAAUGCUUCACACUUUCAGCUGUACUUGCGAGAUUUGGCAAGAGAAGAAGGUUCUUUUAUAAUUGAGAGGGCAUGGUUAAGCAGGGGCAGAACUCAUGCCAUUGUUUUGGUAAGCAACGAGCACGGUGCGGUAUACAUGCGUUCCAAGCUAUUGAACACUGUCUAUCCAUCUGAAGAGGAGGAAAACAGAUUGAAAGUGGAGUUUGAAGAAAAAGAAAUUAAGCGUUUCGAGGAACAAAAGGGAUUAUACGAACAGGAGUUGGAGAGGUUGAAUGAAGAGCAAAGAGAGACCUUGCCUCCUCCAUUGGAACCAAGAGAAUAUGUUACAGAAAGAAUUCCAUUGUAUGUGGAGUAUAUACCUGUCAAAGCCAUAAACCAAUGGACAUUUGAAGAAGAUAAAGGACCAAGAGAUGGUAAAUGGAAAUUGGAGUUUGAGCAAAGAGAUGGAGAUACAGUUGCCUCGCAUACAUUGUUGAACAGUGAUUACAUUCCAAGAUACGUGCCAACUAGAAGAGGCCCACCAAGAAGAUACCACGAUAGACCUUACAAUGGGCCCCCAAGAAGAACCGACAGCUACGUGCCAAAUGGAACUAACAGAAGAACAGAUACUUAUAUGCCAUCAAGAGGUAGAAAUAGAUCAAGGUCCCCUUCGAGAUCUCCAAGAAGAUUUUAG